UUGCGGAUACCGGAAGCUCCGUCAUGUUCAUUUCCUGUCCAUGUGCAACAAUGGCGACGCGCACAGAGUCAACCGCUGAAGCUUCUUUCUCACUCGCUUCAGAUUGAUGGACUGGUGGUGCUAAAGAUCAUAAAGCAUUAGCAGGACGAGGGCAGCGAGGUGGUACAGGGUGUCUUCCUGGGACUGGUGGUUGACGACCGCCUGGAGAUCACCAACUACUUCGCGUUUCCUCAGAACACAGACGACGAUGCAGACUUUGACGAAGUUCAAUACCAGGUGGGAAUGAUGAGGAGUCUCCAUCACGUCAACAUCGACCACCUCCACGUCGGCUGGUACCAGUCCACGUACUACGGCUCCUUCCUGAGCCGAGCGCCGCCGGACUCCCAGUUCAGCUACCAGCACGCUAUCGAGGAGUCCGUGGUGCUUAUAUACGAUCCCAUAAAGACGGCACAAGGCUCACUGUCCCUCAAAGCCUACAGGUUAACACCUGAACUGAUGGAGAUCUGUAAAGAGAAACACUUUUCUCCAGAAUGUAACCAUCUGGAGAAGAGACUGCAGCGCCUGAUGGAUCGCAUCGAUGCCACGAGCCAAGAAAUCGUCACGUACAACAUGUACUGCCGCAACCUGAGCAAGCAGCAGCAGCAGUAGAAACCCCAGUACUUGCAGAGGCGAGAGCAGGAGACCACGGAGCGACGGAGUCGAGGAGAACCGCCGCCACUGCCGGAGGAGGACGUCAGCAAGAUGUUCAAACCCCCACCGCCUCCUCUGCGCAUGGACACACUUCUCAUCGCAGGACAAAUCAACAACUACUGUCAGAACGAGAAAGAAUUCACCGCUCAGAACCUCAGCAAGCUCUUCAUGGCAGAGGCGCUACAAGAGGACAGCAGCCGAAGAGCAGAACGGAGGAAGGACGGUUCAGCGACGGACACGGGGAUCGAGUGGACACUGCCAAAACACCGUACAACACCGUUAGGCAUCCCAAAUGUAAAUUAGAACCGGGCCAUCCUGACCUUGGAAAAGGAACCGCUGUAUCUGAUGGACGCAUUGGUAAUAAAAACGUCUGCAUCUCA